AUGGUUUUGCUCUAUAACGCGGAGGAUACAUAUUUUCUCAGCAAACAAAAUACAGAGCUGGCCCAAUGGGAUACCGUCCGGAUGUUGUUUGAGUUUGCUCUGAAGCAUGUUGGUGAGGAUAAAGAGAGUGGUGUAAUAUGGGGGGAGUACAUCAAGUUUCUGCAGUCUGGAGGGGCAAUAAUGACCUUGGACCAACAACAGAAGACCAACUGCCUGCGGAAGGUAUUGCACCGCACCGUUCAAAUACCCCUGGACAAUGUUGAAAGCCUAUAG